AUGAGCUCUGCUGGUGAAGACAUCGAAGACUUGCAGAAGAACAUAGACAAGCUGAGAAGUGCACUCUCGAGUGUGGACAGGGACGGCGACGGUCUCUUGAACUUCAAGGAAUUCAGGAAAGGAUUGGAAGAAAUAGGAAUCUCUCUCAAGGACGAUGAGAUAACAAAAACUUCCAGGAAGAUGCCGAAGUCGAUCCAAGAGACCGCGCAAGCCUCUCAUAUCGAGUCUGGACUGCUGCCAGCCCACAUGGACUCUCGUGCCGUAUGCAAGAAACGAGUGGAGCAUGGGAUAGCGCAUGUCGACCGUAUCAGGAAUGUGGACGGAGUUCUCACGACAGCUGAGAAAGAGAAGCUGACGAGGAGGAUGAACAUGGAGCCAGCGUCAGUUGCUCGCCAGCUCAUCAACUUUGAAGACUUUCCUGCUGAAGAAAUCAACGAGAAGAAGGCAACCCCAGCAGAUAGGAUCGGAAGCAUGCGGAGAGCCUUCCCUCAGAGGAGGGAGGACCAGAAGAACCUGCUGCAUAUCCAAGAGAACCCGUCGACUGCUAGACGUUCCAAGUGGUCAAAGCUAGACGUUCAGCUCAGGAAUGCGAUCAAGGCAAACCUGCCUGAGUUGAAGAAGGCUUUCUCAGCGGAUGCGAAUGGAAAGCAAGAGAAGCAUUUGAAGCCUGAGGAGUUCAAAGAAACUCUUCACAGAAUUGGAGUCUCCGUUGGCGACAGCGACUUUGAAAAGAUAUUGCCAAAAUUGAAGAUCGACAGAGGUGGAAUCACAUUGCAAAAGCUCAUAGAAGUCUUUGUUGACCACAAAGGAGAAACGAUUGAGAUGAGAGACAAGCACAAGCAGGACAGGGUGUCAUACGUGUUGAUGCAAAACGAUCCCUUGCUCCUCAAAAAAUUGUGUCAGACAGUCGUUCAGCUGGAUGAGUCGGAGUUCAAACAAGCAAUCACAGAAGUGGAUGCUAUCCUAAGCGAAUCAGAUGCUCAAGCGAUAUUUCGGAAAGCUAGCGUCGAUGGGAAAGUGACAAGGGAAGACAUUGAGAGCUCGCUGAAGCAUCUCUCAGAGUACUUCGACCCUGAAAAGGCUCAAAGUCACCUCGGGUUCGGAACAGGUUCGAAGCUGCGAAAGGCUCAAGGGCCUUCGAGCAAGUUCAAAGGCAGCUGGGGAACAGAUGACCCCUCCGUUCAAUCACUGUACUCAAAGAUCGCCGAGAGCGGUAUAGGCAAUCGAUUCCGGUUGCGACAGAUCUUCAGAAAGUACGAUAUGGACAGGAGCGGAAGCAUCAGCUGCUCGGAGCUCAUCACAGCAUUGAAGACGCACAACGUGCCGCUGAGCAAGGCUGAGUGCUCGUUCCUGGAGCAGAUCGCGGACCAUGAGGGGAGGGGCCUCGUAGCGUACAACGAGCUCAUCUCAGCCAUCGAGACUUCGUCGAGGCAACGAGCGCAUGUCGGGAGGGAAGUGUCCACCGAGCGAAGCUUCUCGGCCUCCUCCGUACACUCUCAGAGCAGCUUCCGGAGCAUGCGGAGCAAUGCCUCGGUCAGGAGCACCAGCUCGUUUGCUGGCUCCAGCAGGGACCGAGGAGACUGGGUGAACGACAAGAACCUACAGGCUGAGGCUCGACGAGCAGCUCGGACGGCGAGCUCGGAGGGUCAGAGUGCGAGGGGGAGCCAGGGCACGUCGUCGAGCGGAGUGCAGACAAGAAUCCUCCAUUUCGCCACACCACCUCCAGCUUUUGGCAGCCAACCGUGA